ACCUAAUCACCUCACUGAAUUAAGGAUAUUUAAUAUAAUUUCUUCUAAUAAAAACUAAUAAAUUAAUGGUGAUGGUCAUUACGCGGUCUUGUAAUUCUAGUUAGCACUCCCUCCCAAAAGAAAAUAUACAAAUACACCUUAAGGAAACAAAUGCACUCAUAAAACACUCUCCGCUCUGAACACUGAUCAGACUCGUCCCGUUUAGAGCUCCACGUACAAGUACCCACAGAAUAUUACAAAUUGAAAUUGCAAAUCGAUUUAUAAUUAAAUCCAUUCAUAAAUUAAAUCUUUUUUAAAACCCUAAAGCUAUUAUAUCGCAGCAACAAUGCCGCAAGUGAGGAUUAUAGCGAAAAAUUUUAUGGACAUGGUAGCCUCUCUGACCGCCAGGGACCUCGAAAAGCUCUACGACAAUCCCUUCAUUUGCGAAGCCAUUCUCAGGUCACUGCCCCCUCUCGCAAAGAAGUAUGUAUUAGAAAUGUUGUAUAUGGAUUCUGCGUUACCCGCGAAGUCGGUGGAGGAAUGGGUACUGUCAGAUGGGUUCACUAAGCACAGAGUUUCCAUUGAUCGGUUGGUUCAGUUGAGAAUAUUUACAGAGGAAAAGAAGAAGGAAACCAGUUACAAAUUAAAUCCAACUUUCCAGGCUAACCUUCAAAAGCAUUUGAUAUAUGGUGGAGCUUUGCCAAGGGAACCAAUGCCUUCAAAUGUUACUGUGAGGCUCCCAAGCUUGGAGGAACUUGAGGCCUAUGCCCUUGGACAGUGGGAGUGUUUCUUGCUGCAACUUAUUAGUUCCUCACAAGCUGAAAAGGCAACAAAUUUCAGCUCUUCCAUGAUGAAGGUUUUUCAGCGAGGACUUUUAACUCAAAGGGAUAAAGAAUCCCCAAGAUUAACCGAGAGCGGUUUUCAAUUUUUGCUGAUGGAUACCAAUGCGCAGCUCUGGUACAUUGUUAGAGAAUAUAUCACCAAUUCUCAGGUAUGAUCUCCUGAGAUUCUUUAAGGUGGUUCUGUCAGCAUUGAACUUCUAUGAGUCCUUGCUAUUAAUAUUACAGUAUGACUGGUGUAUCCUUUUUAGUAAAAAACUUAAGUUAUCAUUUAUAGAGAUCGAAGGCAAUCGCAAAGAACUGACUAAAUGCCAAGGGUGUGUUAACUAUACUUUUCAUUUUCAAUUUUUUCCUUUUUUUUUCCCUUGAAAAUGUUGGUACUCAGUCACUUGACCAAUUU